AUGUCUGACUCUACUCCUCAGCAGCCAGGACUCGUCCAAGGCCAUGUCCAGUAUGCCAGGGGAGUUGCAGAGGCCACCGUGGGUGACGUGACCGGCUCACACCCGUGGAAAUCGUCAGGCGAACAAGACAAGGCAGCUGGCAUUUCAACCAUGAAGGCAGCAGCAGAGCAGAGAGAUGCUUCUCAGGGAUACGGAAAGGCGGAGGAGCUGGCUGGCAAGGUAACUGGCUGUGACGGCAUGAAGAAGGAAGGCAGCGAGAGCAGCAAGAGUGAAUGA